AUGGCGCUCACGAACUUCAUCCUGACGGUGGUGGGGUUGGGCGCGGCGGUGAUGCUGCUGCGGAAAGACGCCAAGCAGUCGGCCACCAUCUUCCGCCGCAACGUGCGCCACAUCCGCAACUGGCUCGAGGAGGAGUCCGCCGCCGCCGCCAAUGCAAUGCGCAAAUCAAAACAAGAGCUGAAGGAUAAUCUUCUGUGCAUAAGAGAUUGA